AUGUGGCGGAGUGCAGCAAUAACAGCUAUAACUUUGGCAGCAAUUCUACAGUGGCGUCUAAGUCUACCUACACCAGCAACAUCAUUCAGUACAGCUGAUAAUCCAACAGCUCGUUCAACAUCUUUUCUGACACGAGCACUGACAUUUCUAUAUUUACCAGCAUUCAAUUUCAAGCUUUUAGUACUACCAACAACCUUAUCUUUCGAUUGGGGUAUGGAAGCAGUACCAAGAAUAACUUCAAUACUGGACUUGCGGAAUGUGACGUCUUUAGUUUUUUACGGAACAAUUGCACUGUUGGUUUAUAAAGUAGGAAUGAAUCUAUAUCAUGGAGACAUGGUAAAAACUCAAGUGACAAAACAACGUAAAACACGAGCAAAAACCAAAAAAUGCUUGUGUUCCGUCUGUAGAUGUGAAGUCACCAUUAGACACUCCAGCACAUGCAGGGCUGUCAAUAACAACAAUGCACCAUUGACAUGUUCAUGUGCAAAGGUUCCUGUAAAACCUGCACCAGAAGUUAUAGAACCUGUUGUGUCCCGAAAUGGGUUGGCUCUAAUUGCCCUUGCCAUGCUCAUUGUACCAUUUCUACCAGCGACCAACUUGUUUUUCUAUGUAGGUUUUGUCGUGGCAGAGAGAGUGUUAUAUUUACCUAGCAUAGGAUAUUGUCUGUUGGCCGGUUUAGGUGCCGCAGAAGCUUAUGAACGUUUAAGCCAUAAAAGAGCGAGGACUCUAAUUAUUAGUGUGUGUUUAGUGAUAUUGUUAGCUAUGUCUGCUAGGACGGUCAGGAGGAAUUUGGAUUGGAGGGACGAAGAGAGCUUGUACAGGAGCGCUGUUGCCGUCAAUCCGCCUAAAGUUCAGCAGAAAACUCUAGUCAUUUUACAGCGUAAUGACAUUACCGCUGGCGGGGUUGCUCCGAACUUGUAUCGUCCUUGUCUUGUGAGAGAUUCUCCAACAUCUACGGCUUCUACGGCUUCUACGGCUUCUACGGCUGCAACUUUGGCCAUUGUAGUUGUGUCUAACGGAGUUUAG